AUGUAUAUCACUCCUCCACGCGGAACCAGAGGAAGAAUCCCGAGCGUGGCAAGACGAGAUCAGAAACUACCUCAUCAAUGUUACACUACCAGAAGGACGAUGGGCAGCCCGCCGCCUGCGACGAAAGGCCGCCUACUACUUUCUACGGCCGUAUUGGUCGAGACUCACAAAGGCGCCUCUGGGAAUCACGCUGGUGGAAGAUCUCUCACCUUGAUGAUCAAGAAAAUUGGUUUCUUUUGGCCAAAGAUGAUCGAGGAUUGCGAGAAUCUUGUUGCAAAGUCCGUCCCCUGUCAAAGAUACUCACCGAUCAUCAAUGCUCCAACACAAGCAAUCCAAGCAUCAAUCCCGGCGUACCCCUUUAUGCGGUGGGGAAUGGAUAUUGUCGGACCUAUGUUGCGAUCACGGUAA